AUGUUGUUGAGUUUGCCAAAUAAUAUUAAAGAAGAUUGCAAGAAACCAUUAAUUUUAGAAUCACAACAUGAUGGAAUAACAAAUAACACUAAUACAAAAUGCAAAGAAUCAAAGAUCAUGGAUCAUAUCGCGAAAGCUUUCUUCUUAAGUUUAUUCUCUGUCAUUGCUGUUUUUUGUGUUAUUUGUUGGUUGGCGUGGUCAUUAAAUGAAGAUUUGACAAUGAUGUAUAAAUGGUAUUACUUGAGUUGCGAAAGAGUUUUAGCUGCAACACAAAUCGGAAACAACGUUGUCAAUCUGAUUUUGUUGAAUGGAUCAUUACCACAACAAAUCAUGUCAACAGAUGUUCUCGAGGACAGAGCGAACAAAGAUUUGAAACAAUUAUUAGAAAGCAACAAGAAAAUUGUUGAUGGUGAUGAAAACGUAGAAAAAAUGACAGGUUAUGAUGAUACAAUGGAUAAUUAUCAAUUAAAAGAAAGCUGUAGUUUAGGAAGAGAUCCAGUAUCCGUACAUGAUAUGUACGCAUGUGCUGGAUUAGAACAACAAAUAACUAUUUUCAAAAACAUGGUGAAUGAUAUCCUGAAGAAUCCAGGAAACUACAAAGGAGCAAUUAAUAAUGAAGUAUCAGGAAAUGUUGCUCACAUCUUACAGUAUCAUUUCUAUCCGAAAGUUAUUGCAGCAACAACGAGAAUGAGAGAUAUAAUCGAAGAUAAAUACAACAAAGACACAGAACUCAUUCUUAUUUUGACAAUUGUCGGAUUAGUUUUGACAAUGAUCAUGUUUUCAACGCCAUGGCUAUUCCAAUAUUUCUUAAAUGAGAACUACAAACUAUUGUUAAUGUGCUUUAAGCAUAUUUCACCUCAAACAAUAGUAGAUACUCCUGAAAUUAUGGAUUUCUUCACACAUACGAAGAAAUCAUCGAAGGCUGAGCAGAUGAUUAUUAGUAAAUCGAUAGUUAUGGAUGCAAGUGAGUGUAUUAUCAUCACAACCCAAAAUUCAAUUAUCGAAAUUAUUAAUACAAGCGUAACUCAGAACUUAGACUGCACCCCUGACCAGAUGCUUGGUCAGCAUAUCGCAAACUUCGUAGUUGAUAAGGAUCAGCAGCGUUUUAACCUGGCUAUUGACUUGAUGAUGUCGGGCCAAGGUUCCCCGGUAUGGCAAGACCACGUUGAGUUGGUAAAUGAGCUUGGAGAGACUAUUCCUUUCGCCGUUACUGCUAUAGCUAUGAACGAUAAGGAUGAUUCGAGCUCAUCGGAAUUUACAUCAAUUUGUUUUAUCUUAACAAAUGAAGCCGAUGAAAUUAAAAAGAGACAAGAUGCAGAAGAAGCUAAAGCAAAGUCCGAAAAGCUCUUGUAUCAGAUUUUGCCAAAAGAUAUCGUUAUUAGACUAAAUAGAGGUGAAACUGAUAUCUCUUUCUCGAUACCAUCUGCAACAAUAUUCUUUAUUGAUAUCGUUAAAUUCUCUACUUACACUGCAACUUUGACACCGUCAGAAAUCAUGUCAAAUUUGUCACUUGUUUUUGCCACUUUUGACAAAAUUGUUUCUGGAUACGAGUCGAUAACAAAAAUCAAACUUAUCGGUGAUGUCUAUAUGGCAGCAGCCGGUUUGUUCCAAGAUCCAGACAACCAGACACCGAAAAAUGCAGAAGAUGCUGUUAGAUGCACAAUUCAGUGUCAAAAGUCGAUGGAUGAGAUUAACAUGAAGUUAAACUCAUCACUCGAAGUGAGAAUUGGUGUUAACUCAGAAGGACCGUUAAUUGGUGGUGUCCUGGGAACAGAUAAACCAACUUUCGAUAUUAUUGGUGAUCCUAUCAACGUUGCAGCCCGUUUGCAAUCAACAGAUGUUCCUGGUAAUGUGCAAAUAUCAGGUGCAACUAAGGAAUUGAUUGAAAAUUUGGAUUUCGAGAUCCAAGAAAGAGGUGAAAUUUAUCUGAAAGGUAAAGGUAACCAAUUGACAUAUUUCGUUACAAUUAGGGAGAAAACCGAGUUCGAAGGUUCAUUUGCACUUAAUAUUGCUGACACAGCUAAGAAAUGA